GCUUUCCAGAGUUCUCCCCUGAGGAGGUGCGCCUGGAGUAUUAUAACUGCAGUGCAAAGGAGAUCACUGGAUACUACAUAAACGCUGUCAAUCAGUACGUGCAACAAUGGAGAAACAAGCUGCAGGAGCUGAAGGCUUUAAAUGCCUCGAGAAAAGCAUCGAUGGCCUUCCAGUGAACAGCAGCAGCGGUGCUGCCAGGUUGUCCUCGAAGGCCAAACCCAGCGUCCCAUCUGGAAGCCCUCCAGCUUUGGGGAGCUCUGCUGCUGCCUCCAAUCCUCCUGCACUUGGGGUGAUGUCCUCCCACAGCGAUCCCCAUCCUGUUGGGACUGGGGAUUCUUCAGCUCCAUCUGCAGCCCCCUUCUCACUUCACGCUUCUGGAAACUGUGGAACUUCUGGGCUUCCCGGCCCUGGAAGUUCUGCUGCUGCAAACUCUUCCAGCACCGCUCCGCUUACAGGUGCUGCAACUCCCAAGGCAGCCACAGCAACUUCUCACUCGGGCGCAAGCAGUGCUUCGGCUGCACAGACUGCCGGUGCCUCUGGACACAGCGUCACGUCCGCGCCUUCUGCAUUCCCACACGGCAUCAGACCAGGCCAGUUACACACACCGAGGAGUGAAUUAACAGCCGAAGAGCUGGAGCAGUUUAAGGCCAAGAAGUUCACGCUGGGAAAGGUCCCUCUGAAACCAUCACCCGCAGACCUUUUACAUGAUAAAGAUUUAAGUUAAUUCUGAAGUUAUAUGUCUUAUUGUUGUUCUGUGACUCUUUCAAUAAACAAUGUUGUGAUGGAGCAA